AUGGCGACCAGCAUCACACCGAUCCGAUCCAUCGUAAUUCGUGCCAGUAGUAACUCCGAUCCCAGUCGCCGGCCGACGACUUCAUCCGCAAACUGGUGGACCCCACUGUUCGGAUUCUCCUCGGAUCAGAUCAACUAUAUAGAGACGACCACAUCGACGGCGAAACCCUCUGUUGUCGUCGUCGUCGAUACGAAGAAAUCGACCAGAUCUCCGUCGGCGGGAAGACUGACAAGUGAGAAGGCCCGGCAACUACGGAUUCUGACGUCCGAAACGUCGACGUUUCACGAUGUUAUGUAUCACUCUGCAAUCGCUUCUCGGCUAGCUUCCGACUUCUCUCAUAAUAAUAAUAAUAAUACUACUGUUGUUUCUGAUUAA